AUGAAAUUAGUUCUUAUUUUGGUCGCUGUCGUCUUGGUAGUGAAUUUGGAAGCAAGUUGGACUUUCCCACCUAUACCAUCUAUUCCACCUAUUUCUAUACCAUCUAUACCACCUAUUCCACGUAUUUCUAUACCAUCUAUACCACCUAUAUCUAUACCAUCUAUACCAUCUAUACCACCUAUACCACCUAUAUCUAUACCAUCCAUACCAAGAAUACCUUGGGGUAAGAGAAAUGCGAGACAAGCGGAUGAUGACGCUGCUUUCAAUGCUGCAGCUAAAGACGGUGUUUUUUCCGAUGAUGAAAUAAAAUCUGUUUUCAAAGUUAAAGAUGAGGGUUUGGCUGAUUUUUAUGAACUUUAUGAUGUUAACGGCGAUGAAAAAAUAACAGUUGAAGAAUAUGAAUCUGUCACCACUGUCCUUGCCAACGCGGGAGACAAAGAGAACUAA